AUGUCCUCCCCAAAGACUCCUCUUCGCGUCGGCGUUCUCUACGAGAGAACUCAGAUGACUGAUCUUGCAGGCCUCGACCUCCUCGGCAACCUAACCCCCCAAACGAUCAACUUGGUCAUAGAAAUGAACCCCCAGCUCGCGUCCAUGGCACCUUACGCUACCCCCAUGGACUUUUUCUACAUAUCCUCCUCUAUGGAUCCUGCCCACGUCACCCCAGACAUGUACGUGCGUCCUACACACACCUACGCAACGGCUCCACGCAAUCUCGAUAUCCUGCUCCUUGGUGGCCCGAACCCGGCCACGGUCAAAGAAGAGAGUCUGGUAUUUUUGAAGGAGGCAAGUAAGCAGACUAAAGUCAUUCUUACGACGUGUACGGGGGCUAUGUGGUUGGCGAGGAGUGGGGUAUUGGAAGGAAAGAAGGCUACUACGAAUAGGGUCAUGUUGGGAAUGGCUAGCAAGAUGUUUCCGGGAACCGAGUGGAUGGACCGUAGGUGGGUUGUUGAUGAGGGGUGGUUUGAUGGUGCGGAGAUUUGGACCGCGGGUGGUGCAGGGUGUGGCAUCGAUAUGUUCAUCGAGUACACGUACCAGAACUUCAAUAAGAAGCUGGUGGAGCUUGGAUGUGUGGGAUUGGAUUUCGAUUUUGAAGGACGUACUUCUUUCUACAAGGGAGUGCUGCCUGAUAUGACUAUGGCUUAG